GUUGGAAGCGGUGUUCCGUUGAACUAAAUGGGAGAUUCGAGCGUAACUACCGUCAUGAGAUGAUGGAUUUGCUUAUUCGUUCCUAUUCUGAGGUUGGGGCCUUUCCGCACUUGUACCACGUGGAUGGGGUUCAAUGCCAAUCUCAUAUGAAUCGAAUUGUUAGUGAGGCAAAUGGUGAUCUCCAUCCUUUUCGGAAGCAAGGCAUCCCUUCAGUAGACUUUGACAACAAGGGAAUAUACUUGGUUUCUGUGACAAAAUCUGGUUGCUUAACGGUUCAUGACUUUGAAGCUCUCUAUUGCCAGACACAGGAAUUAACUUGCUUGAAAGAAUGUGAAAGCAAGCAUUUGCUGCACCUCUCACAAAAUCGACAACUUGAUACCGUCAGAUGGAAUCCGCUUAACCAGGAUGAGGUUGUCUGUGCAUCUGUAAAAAGUAAUGAACUACUUAUAUUUGAUGUGGGAUAUGUCUCAUCAGAACCAGUUGAAGUUUUAAGAACAAGACAGACAACCACAGUCCAUGGAUCCAGAAUACACAAAGGUCUCUCUGAUAUUGCUUUUACGUCAAAUGACUCAAGGAUACUUGCUUCUGAUACAAAUGGUGCGAUUAAUGUUUGGGAUAGAAGAGUGAAGGCUCUGCCUUGCCUUGAGCUUACAUCUAAUUCGUGCACUUCGUCUGGUGCCCUUAACAGCAUCGAAUUAAAUGCAGAAAAUCAGAUAAUUUUUGGUGCUGGGAAGCAUGGGCUUGUGUAUGUGUGGGAUAUUCGUGGUGGAAGAGCAUCUGCUACUUUUCAAAGUCACAGAGAGGUAGUCCAUCCACCUGUAACAUCAUUGAAGUUGGCAACGAUGCUAGAGAAGAUUGGAUCUUUGAAGGCACAAGCUGAUAUUGUUCCCAAGGAAAUUCACUCUGUUGAUCUCAAUCCGUCAUGCCCGUAUCAGUUAGCAUUCCAUCUUGAUGAUGGCUGGUCGGGCGUUUUGGAUAUGAAUAAUUUUGAAGUUACACAUAUUCAUUGCCCACCCCCAGCUUGGUUAAAUGAUUCCUAUAUUCCCGCUGAUCUAUCAUAUUUAAGAAAACCUUCAUGGCUAUCUACAUGUUCGAUCUAUUUGGCUGGGUCAUCAUCUGAUUGUGGCAUUCAUCUACUGGAUUUCUAUCCCAGCACCAGCUCACCAAGCCACGUGGAUUACAAGGAGGAUAGAAAUGAAAUUUCCAUGCGCAACCAAAAUAAUCAGAACAGAUUUAUUCCUUUAUCUGAAGGAGUUAUCUCAUGCGCUGCUCAUCCUUUAUACAAUGCCAUUGUAGUGGGAACCAAGCAAACAUCAUUGCUUGUGAUUUCCCAAGGACAUGAGUCAUACAGAGGUGAAGAUUAGUCCCAACUUCCCAAGAUCGGCAGAUUUUUGUAGGGCAGUAGUGGCAAUUUAAUCUGACAGUUCUGUUAAAUUGUUGUACAACAGUUGUAUUGAAUCUCAGAAAAUAAAAGAUACGAGAAAGGUUUGGGAAAAAAGUGAUAGGGAACGGGAUGAGUUCCCCUUGAUUGAGGGAAGGAGUCUUCCCACAAAGGAAAACGAAAGAGAUAAAAGAAAUAAUUUGAACAUG